UUUGGCACGUCACAGCCGCGUCAUCAUGUCUCCGUGUCUGCUUUUAUCACUUUGAAAUUAAUUUAUUCGACAUUAUCAUACCUUAUCGAAACGUUUUUAUGUGGACUGUUAAGUAAAAACUAUUCAGAAAUUAUUUUUUAAUAUGGAGUUGCUAAGGCAAGUGUCUCAUACACAGUUUUUGUUCCCCGUGGCGGCAGUAGCAGUUGUUUUAAUAUGUGCUACUCUCGUAUUUAUAUUCGGUUUCCACACCGCGGAGCAACCGCAAUUUGAUAAGUUACCUUUGGUACUUGAUGACAGGAAAUCUUCAAAUAAGAAACGGAAAAACAAGGAAAAGAAGUCGUCCCCUAUUAGAACAUCUAAUGAUGAUUCAAAAUCAAAGGCUGAGACUUCAAAAAAAUCUCCACUAAAGGAGAAAAAAGAGGAGAAAGUUAAAGAUGUUGAGAAACCAAAGCCCAAAGAAAAGGUUGAAGUCAAACUUGUCAAGAAGGAGGCAGCUGCUGACGUGAAAAAGGGCAAGAAAGCUAAAUCAGCUGUUGAUGCUGAGAAGCCUGCAGACUUUGAUGAGGGUGUAUGGGAGGAGGUGCCAAAGAAGAGUGAUAAGAAGAAAGUAAAAGGCUCGGAGGAGAAGAAAGAAAGUCCUUCAAAGAAGAAUAAGAAGAAGGUUAAGGACACUGAAAUUGUUGCUCCUCGGCCAGAGCCAGUGAAGGAGUCCUCAGAAGUUAUUAAGGUGUUGAGUGUCGAAGGUCCAGGUGUUGAUGAGGAGGCUGCCCGAGCUCUUCAGGCGCAAGUGGAAGAGUUGCAGAGAGUCCUUAAGGAGGCUGAGCGUCUGGACCAAGUAGCGUCUGGUGAAGUUGUGGAGGAUGAGGUUCCAGAAAAUGAGUUGACUGAGGUCAAAGAUCUUAGAAGUAACAAGAAGAAGGAAAACAAAGAGAAACAAAACAAGAAAAAGGCUUCAGAGGGUUCCGUUGUAGCCAAGGCACAGAAAGUGGAGGAAGAGAGUGUGGAACCAUCCGAACCACAAGAGAAUAAACCAGCCGGCCCAGUGUUUGAUGAACUUGGAGAUACUUGGACAGAUGCUAAAGUAUCCAAAAAGGGCAAAAAGAAGGCUCGCAAAGACCAGUGAAGUAAACAAUGUGAAGUGAUUGUCAACCCUAGCUCAAUGCCUCAUAGAACUACAACUCUAAAAUGUUUAAUAGAUUAUAUGACAUACUUAAAUUUCUUAGCGAUCUUUAACCCAUAAGAUAUGCGCUGUCAUAAAAUAGAACGAUUGAAUAAUAAUUAUAAUGGGACUGACAUUACAUUUGUAGAUUUUUAUAGUGAGAAUUUAACAUUUAAUUAAUUCAACACAUUCAUUUCGAUUACGUCCAUGAUUACCUAGUUUCAUAUUUUAUGUUAUGACUUUGAAUUUAAUAUUGUUUUCGUUAAUGCAUAAUAGAUAUUUUUUUUUUAUAUAUAUUUUAGAAGAGUCAUUAUAUUUUUACGAGGAAAACUUUCGGAAUCUGCAAUAUUUUUUGGUGUUAGUUUUUUUUUUUUUUUUGCUUUGGCUUCGUGGACUAUGUUUCGUAGCAUAAUAAGGGCCAAGGUAUAAUCUUUAUCUUGUAGGUUUCCUAAUACGACAUUUAUGUAUAAAAUAAAUGUUCUAAAAAUAACUUCUGGUGCUUGUAGAAUAAGUGUCUUGACUCCAUUCCAUUUGUGCGUAAAUCUUUAAUUAUUAUUCCAUCACAUUGUUUUAUUCGUUGUGAUUAUGACGUCAUACUAACAAUAUACGAGGGUACAAAAUAAAAUUUUAAAUUUGGACCAACAUCAUAGUCUCCGAUUAUUUAUCUGUUUCAUGUGUUGUUUUAUCAGCUUGUGGAUUUUCCGUCCAUGUUUAUUAAGUCAAUGCUCUUUUGUGCUGAAUUUAUAUAAAUGUAUAAUAAUUUAUCACAUAACCUUGCUGGCUCAGAUGAACAUCGAUCUUUUAUUGCAGAUUCCUAUUUUGUAUACUAGUUGUAAGAAUAAAAUAUCAAGUAAUUGGAAAUGUUAAUUUUUUUAAAUUAAGAUUAUAAUUUUUUUUUUUUUUGGGUAUAACAUGUCUGAACUAACAUUAUUAUUUAUGAAUAGUCUAAGUCUCGGAGCAUCUUCUAAGUAAUAACCAGCAUCACGUUGAAGUCAUUUGUAAUUCGGAUUUUUUUAUGUUGGUGAAUAAAUAAAUAUAAUGGGUUGUGUAGGCUGUGUAGGGAAUGCUGUUUCGACUCGAGAAAUAGAACUCAGGAUUCUUUUAUAACAUUUUCUUUGAUCUUAGCCCGGAGUGUUUGUAUGUAUCUUUACUUUGUUCUCUAUCUUGUGAUAUGUUUGUGUCAGGAGGUAAUUUUUAAUAAUAUUAUUAUUUUUUUGUUGCAAUAGUAAUGUUAUAUGUAAGUCUCUAAGAGUAUAUUAUAAAAGCAAAAUUCCUUUACCCGGACUUGUGGUGUUUGGACCAUAAUAAUUUAUAUUGUUAUUUCUAUUUCUUUAGGUGAGUUUGUUGUAAGGAAGAUAUUUGAAAAGUUUUAUUUUCAUUUGUUUGUGUUUCUUAUUGUGCUCAGUUAUUUAUUUUUAUUGGACAUCUUGUACUUAGGGCCUAAAGGUUCAUUAAUAAUCACAGUUGCGGAUAGGUAUCCCAUGUAACGAUCAUAGUGUCAUCAUUUCUCUAUGGAUAAAAUAUAUUUUUGGCUUCAUAUUUCUAGCAAUAAAAGUCGGUUGUAGGUCAGCUGUUCGUGUCGCGACAGUGUUAUCAGAUUUAAAUUGAUAAGGGAAAUAUCUUGAGUAUGUUAGGCUCUAAAACGUUGUAAUAUAAAUAUUUUUUUAAAAUCAAUAAAGAGUGAUAUUAA